AUGGCUUUCAAAGGCACCUCACAUUUCAUUGGACGACACGAGGAAAGAGAGCAAAUCAAGGAGCUCCUUGUAUCUGGAGACAUUCAAGUUCUACAAAUUUAUGGCCUUCCCUCUUCUGGUAAAACAGAAUUGAUCAGACAAGUUUGUCGUGAAAUAAAUUCUGAACUUCAAGUCCAAAUUCUUUAUAGAAGAAUUACAGAUGGACAGUUGCUCAACACUGAAAUCUGCCAAUUUCUUAAAGACAUCAAGAACUCAAAGAUUUUAUCCAUCAUUGUCCUCUACCCAUUACUUGGUUAUGGUUUUCUGAAAUCGACAGAUGAAAAUAAAAACCAGUUCCAAGUACCAACUCUCUUUCAAGAUUAUGCAAACCAACAGCUUGCACAUCUCCGCCAUGAAGAUACUACUAAACUGAAAUUCAGUACCAUUAUCGGUAAGACAUUAACUGAAGCAGAGCAUCUAUGGGAAAAUGGAUUGAUUUAUGAAGCACUGGGUGUUAUGACAAACAAUUGGGCCAAUGUACAUAAAUUACUACAACAAGCAAUUCACACGCCUUCUGAUGGGAACAGUUUCCAAAUUUAUUACAAGGUUGUUAUUGAUGCAAACAACAUUAUUUCACUUUGUUACCCAAAUGAAGCUAAACUUUUCUGCAAAGCCAUUUCUGACAGUGCCCAAAUAUUUGGUUCAAAAGAUCAACAGGCAUUAUCAAUGGCAUCUUAUGGACACACUCUUGUGGAAUCUUCUGAAAAGGAAGCCCUACAACUUUACAAAAUGGCUGAAGAAAAUCUUGCAAAAUCUCACCACAAAUAUCAGUAUAUUAUCCUGCUCUACAACAUGAGUAAAGCCUAUUAUCGGUGUGGAAAACUCCAGAAAGGGAUCAGGUGUGCAGAAGAGGCCCUAAGUAUUCAAGUGACUGACCGAGAUGCUGCUGAGGUUCAACAUGUGAAAACUUAUGCAGCUUCAAAUCUUGCCUACAAUUUAAUAUUCGCAACUGAAUAUGAACAAGCAAAGAAAGUUCUCCUCCAGACCUUACGAGAGGUAGGCGAGUCAGGACAUCCAUCUGUUACAACCUUAUUAAACCUUCUUGGUCUAAAUGAAGAGAGAUCCAAAGGAGACCUCAACAAAGCACUUACAUUUUAUUUUGCCUCUUUAUCUAAGAAACGGAUACUUGCCAAAUUUCAAGAACACUUACUGGUGACAACACUUUGCAAUGUCGCUGGACAGUUAUCAAAGACAAAACGCAAACAUGAUUUUGCUUUGAGGUUUUUGUAUGAAGCAGAAGAAAUCAGAAAAAGAGCUGGUUGGGUUCAUAGCUACUCUGCUUUGGUUGUCUGGAAUAUUGGCAUGGUCUUCAUGAGAAAGCAAAUGCAAGCUGAAGCUUUAGUGAAACUUAAAGAAGCAGAAAAAUUAUAUGCAGCAGUGAAUCCUAGCCAUUACGUAAAUGCAGAGGUGAAAGUCUGGCUGGCCCACUGUCAUCUUCUGUUGAACAAUGCACAAGAGGCAAAGCAAAUAUCGUUGGAGGUCAUACGUGAUCGAGAAAUCUAUCAUAAAUAUCGACCACAAGGAGAAUUUGCUUUGAAUUCUCUUGAACAUUUAAUUCGCCUUAGUAUUCUGGACCCAAAAGAACAACAAAUUUACAUUGAAGAAAUUUUAAAAGAGCUUCCCAGACUAUACCAAUGUCCAGGUACACUUGCCUUGCUUGCCAAGAAGUCCUGA